AUGUCGAACAAAAGAAGUGCUAUUUUGGAAUUGCAUCGCCAAGAAAUGCGACAAUGUGAAAUUGUUCGGUUGCUCAAUGUUCCUCGUAAACUGUUUCCAAAGCAAUCCAGUGGUUCAAUGAACUUGGCCAUGAAGGUGAUCGCCUCGGGACGUGGAAGAAAACGAACUGUCAAUACACCAAGGAUCCCCCAGAUAAUUAAAAAGCGAGUUCAGCGAAAUUCAAGGCUUUCAAUGAGAAAAAUUGCCCGCGAAACUGGUAUUGGUCGUGAAACUGUUCGUCUAAUUGCGAAAAAGGAGCUUCACAUUAAGCCGUACAAAAUUCCAAGAGCGCAGUUGCUUACGGAUGAAAACAAAAAAGUACGACUGGAAAGAUGUCGACAAAUCUUGCGUCGUGCCGCAAAUGCUCGCUGGGAUAAAAUUCUUUUCACUGAUGAGAAACUGUGUACCAUUGAGCAAGUGCACAGCCGUCAAAAUGAUAGGAUCUGGUCGGCACAAGCUCCUGGUUCAUCACACAUCAUCGAGCACCGCCAAAAUCUCAAAUCUGUGAUGGUUUGGGCUGGAAUUUGUUCAUCCGGCAAAACACCUCUGAUUUUUGUGGAUCAGGGAGUUAAAAUCAACAGGGAAGUUUACCGUCGUAACAUUUUGGAGGCUGUGGUACUUCCUUGGGCCCAAGAGCAUUUUGGCGAACAGGAAUGGACAUUCCAACAGGACUCGGCUCCUGCUCACAGGACAUCGGAGUUCAAGACUGGUGCAAAGAAAAUUUUCCGAACGUUAUCACAGCUUCAGAAUGGCCACCGUACUCACUAG